UGCCCCGCCUCUUUCGCCGCCACAUUUUCUCCUUUGCACGGCCCGUCCCUCAGUGGAGUGCAUUCUCACUAGCGCCUCGCACGGCAACGGACAGAAGAAACCGAUUGGCGGCGCAAAACCUCCACAAGCGCGACCACGGAACGGCCAGUCCCGCAGGCUCCGGUUACGCCUUCUGGGAAGGGGCGGGGUGGAGGGGCUCCGACUCCGCCCCCUCCGAGCUUGGCGAUUGGCUCACUCGGCCGUCACUCCGUCGUCAGCCUUUUUCCCUGGGCUCGCUCGCCCUGCGUCCCCGAGGUUCCCUAGGAGCUGAGGAGAACCUAGCUGGGAAUGGCAUUUGAAGGACCUGUGAUUAGAAGAAAGGCGUCCCUUAGCAAGAUAAAAGUACAGAACCAUGGCUCAGUUUCCAGCACCUUUUGGUGGUAGCCUGGAUAUCUGGGCCAUAACUGUAGAGGAAAGAGCAAAGCAUGAUCAACAAUUCCAUAGUUUAAAGCCGAUUUCAGGAUUUAUUACUGGUGAUCAAGCUCGAAACUUUUUUUUUCAAUCGGGGUUACCUCAGCCUGUUUUAGCACAGAUAUGGGCGCUCGCUGACAUGAAUAAUGAUGGCAGAAUGGAUCAGGUGGAGUUUUCCAUAGCCAUGAAACUCAUCAAACUGAAGCUCCAGGGAUAUCAACUCCCCUCUGUACUUCCCCCCAUCAUGAAACAGCAGCCCGUUGCUAUUUCUAGCACACCAGCAUUUGGGAUAGGAGGUAUUGCCAGCAUGCCACCGCUUACAGCCGUUGCUCCAGUGCCAAUGGGAUCCAUUCCAGUUGUUGGAAUGUCUCCACCUCUAGUUUCUUCUGUUCCUACAGCAGCAGUGCCUCCCCUGGCCAAUGGGGCUCCCCCUGUUAUACAGCCCCUGCCUGCAUUUGCUCACCCUGCAGCCACAUUGCCAAAGAGUUCUUCCUUUAGUAGAUCUGGUCCAGGUUCACAAUUAAACACUAAAUUACAGAAGGCACAAUCAUUUGAUGUGGCUAGCGCGCCCCCAGGGGCAGAAUGGGCUGUUCCUCAGUCAUCCAGACUGAAAUACAGGCAAUUAUUCAACAGUCAUGACAAAACUAUGAGUGGACACUUAACAGGUCCUCAAGCAAGAACGAUCCUUAUGCAGUCAAGUUUACCACAGGCUCAACUGGCUUCAAUAUGGAAUCUUUCUGACAUCGAUCAAGAUGGAAAACUCACAGCAGAAGAAUUUAUCCUGGCUAUGCACCUAAUUGAUGUCGCUAUGUCUGGCCAACCCCUGCCACCCGUCCUGCCCCCAGAAUACAUCCCACCUUCCUUUAGAAGAGUUCGAUCUGGCAGUGGUAUAUCUGUUGUAAGCUCAUCAUCAGUAGAUCAGAGGUUACCAGAAGAACCUGUCUUAGAAGAUGAACAGCAACAGCUAGAAAAGAAAUUACCCGUAACAUUUGAAGAUAAGAAGCGUGAGAAUUUUGAGCGUGGCAAUCUGGAGCUGGAGAAGCGAAGACAAGCUCUCUUGGAGCAGCAACGCAAAGAGCAGGAGCGCUUGGCACAGCUCGAGCGGGCAGAGCAGGAACGGAAAGAACGAGAGCGCCAGGAACAAGAGCGCAAAAGACAACUGGAGUUGGAGAAGCAGCUGGAAAAGCAGCGGGAACUCGAACGUCAGAGAGAAGAGGAGAGGAGGAAAGAAAUUGAGAGGAGAGAGGCUGCAAAGCGAGAACUAGAAAGGCAACGACAACUUGAAUGGGAACGGAAUAGAAGACAAGAACUCCUAAAUCAAAGGAAUAAAGAACAAGAGGACAUAGUUGUACUGAAAGCAAAGAAAAAGACUUUGGAAUUUGAAUUAGAAGCUCUAAAUGAUAAAAAGCAUCAACUAGAGGGGAAACUUCAAGAUAUCAGAUGUCGCCUGACCACCCAAAGGCAAGAAAUUGAGAGCACAAACAAAUCUAGGGAGCUGAGAAUUGCUGAGAUCACCCAUCUGCAGCAGCAAUUACAGGAGUCUCAGCAAAUGCUUGGAAGACUUAUUCCAGAAAAGCAGAUACUCAAUGACCAGUUGAAACAAGUUCAGCAAAACAGCCUGCACAGAGAUUCACUUCUUACACUCAAAAGAGCCUUAGAAGCAAAAGAACUAGCUCGGCAACAGCUACGAGAUCAACUGGAUGAAGUUGAAAAAGAAACUCGAUCAAAACUGCAAGAGAUUGAUAUUUUCAAUAACCAGCUGAAGGAACUAAGAGAAAUACAUAAUAAGCAGCAGCUCCAGAAACAGAAGUCCAUAGAGGCUGAACGACUGAAAAGGAAAGAACAAGAGCGGAAGAUUCUAGAACUGGAAAAACAGAAAGAAGAAGCCCAAAGACGAGCCCAGGAUAGGGACAAGCAGUGGCUUGAGCACGUGCAGCAGGACAAUGAACACCAGCGUCCCCGAAAGCUCCACGAUGAGGAGAAACUCAAGAGGGAGGAGAGCGUCAAGAAGAAGGACAGUGAGGAGAAAGGCAAGCAGGAAAUGCAAGACAAGCUGAAUCGGCUUUUCCACCCACAUCAGGAGCCAGGGAAGCCGGCUGUUCAAGCCCCCUGGCCCACCACAGAAAAAGGCCCCCUUACAUUUUCUGCACAGGAGAAUGUUAAAGUGGUGUAUUACCGAGCGUUGUAUCCCUUUGAGUCCAGAAGUCAUGACGAAAUCACCAUUCAGCCCGGCGAUAUAGUCAUGGUGGACGAAAGCCAGACUGGAGAACCGGGAUGGCUUGGAGGAGAGUUAAAAGGCAAGACAGGCUGGUUCCCCGCAAACUAUGCCGAGAAAAUCCCAGAAAAUGAGGUUCCUGCUCCAGUGAAACCUGUGGCGGACGCCGCCUCCACCCCUGCACCCAAGCUGGCUUUGCGCGAGACCCCCGCUCCUCUGGCUGUGACCUCUUCUGAGCCCUCCACGACCCCCAACAACUGGGCCGACUUCAGCUCCACGUGGCCCACGAGCACCAACGAGAAAGCAGAGAGUGAUAACUGGGACGCGUGGGCAGCCCAGCCCUCUCUCACUGUGCCAAGUGCUGGCCAGUUACGGCAGAGAUCGGCCUUUACCCCAGCCACGGCCACUGGCUCCUCGCCGUCGCCUGUCUUAGGCCAGGGUGAGAAGGUGGAGGGGCUACAAGCACAAGCGCUGUAUCCCUGGAGAGCCAAAAAAGACAACCAUUUAAAUUUUAACAAAAAUGAUGUCAUCACCGUGCUGGAACAGCAAGACAUGUGGUGGUUUGGAGAAGUUCAAGGUCAGAAGGGUUGGUUCCCCAAGUCUUACGUGAAACUCAUAUCAGGGCCCAUAAGGAAAUCAACCAGCAUGGAUUCUGGCUCCUCAGAAAGUCCUGCUAGUGUAAAGAGAGUAGCUUCCCCAGCAGCCAAGCCAGCUGUUUCCGGAGAAGAGUUUAUUGCCAUGUACACUUACGAGAGUUCUGAGCAAGGCGAUUUAACCUUUCAGCAAGGGGAUGUGAUUUUGGUUACCAAGAAAGAUGGUGACUGGUGGACAGGAACGGUGGGCGACAAGUCCGGAGUCUUCCCUUCUAACUAUGUGAGGCUUAAAGAUUCAGAGGGCUCUGGAACUGCUGGGAAAACAGGGAGUUUAGGAAAAAAACCUGAAAUCGCGCAGGUCAUUGCCUCCUAUACCGCCACCGGCCCCGAGCAGCUGACCCUGGCCCCUGGUCAGCUGAUUUUGAUCCGAAAAAAGAACCCAGGUGGAUGGUGGGAAGGAGAGCUGCAAGCACGUGGAAAAAAGCGCCAGAUAGGCUGGUUCCCGGCUAAUUACGUAAAACUUCUAAGCCCUGGGACGAGCAAAAUUACUCCAACGGAGCCAGCCAAGCCCACGGCGUUCCCAGCAGUGUGCCAGGUGAUCGGGAUGUACGACUACACGGCCCAGAACGACGACGAGCUGGCCUUCAGCAAGGGUCAGCUCAUCAACGUCCUCAACAAGGAGGACCCCGACUGGUGGAAGGGGGAGGCCAACGGACAAGUGGGGCUCUUCCCCUCCAACUACGUGAAGCUGACCACAGACAUGGACCCCAGCCAGCAAUGGUGCUCAGACCUGCACCUGCUGGACAUGCUGACGCCCCCCGAGCGCAAGCGGCAAGGCUACAUCCACGAGCUCAUCGUCACGGAGGAGAACUACGUGAACGACCUGCAGCUGGUCACGGAGAUCUUUCAGAAACCCCUGAUGGAGUCUGAGCUGCUGACAGAAAAAGAGGGUGCUAUGAUUUUUGUUAACUGGAAGGAGCUGAUUAUGUGUAAUAUCAAGCUACUGAAGGCACUGAGAGUUCGCAAGAAGAUGUCUGGGGAGAAGAUGCCUGUGAAGAUGAUCGGGGACAUCCUGACCGCCCAGCUGCCGCACAUGCAGCCCUACAUCCGCUUCUGCAGCUGCCAGCUCAACGGGGCCGCCCUGAUCCAGCAGAAGACCGACGAGGCUCCGGACUUCAAGGAGUUCGUCAAAAGGUUGGCCAUGGACCCUCGGUGCAAAGGGAUGCCCCUCUCUAGUUUUAUACUGAAGCCCAUGCAGCGGGUCACCAGAUACCCCCUGAUCAUUAAAAAUAUUCUAGAAAACACCCCUGAAAACCACCCUGACCACAGCCACUUGAAGCACGCGCUGGAGAAGGCGGAGGAGCUGUGUUCCCAGGUGAACGAAGGUGUGCGGGAGAAGGAGAACUCGGACCGGCUGGAGUGGAUUCAGGCCCACGUGCAGUGUGAGGGCCUGUCUGAGCAACUUGUGUUCAACUCGGUGACCAACUGCCUAGGUCCACGCAAGUUUCUGCACAGCGGGAAGCUCUACAAGGCCAAGAGCAACAAGGAGCUGUAUGGCUUCCUCUUCAACGACUUCCUCCUGCUCACCCAGAUCAUCAAGCCCCUGGGCUCCUCUGGCACCGACAAAGUCUUCAGCCCCAAAUCCAACCUGCAGUAUAAAAUGUACAAAACUCCUAUUUUCCUAAACGAGGUUCUAGUAAAAUUACCCACCGACCCGUCUGGGGACGAGCCCAUCUUCCACAUUUCCCACAUUGACCGAGUCUACACCCUGCGAGCCGAAAGCAUAAACGAAAGGACUGCCUGGGUGCAGAAAAUCAAAGCCGCUUCUGAACUCUACAUAGAGACGGAGAAAAAGAAGCGGGAGAAGGCGUACCUGGUCCGUUCCCAAAGGGCCACAGGCAUUGGAAGGUUGAUGGUGAACGUUGUGGAAGGCAUUGAGCUGAAGCCCUGCCGCUCGCACGGGAAGAGUAACCCGUACUGCGAGGUGACCAUGGGCUCCCAGUGUCACAUCACCAAGACCAUCCAGGACACUCUGAACCCUAAGUGGAACUCCAACUGCCAGUUCUUCAUCAAAGACCUGGAGCAGGAGGUUCUCUGCAUCACCGUGUUUGAGAGGGACCAGUUCUCUCCGGACGAUUUCUUGGGCAGGACGGAGAUCCGCGUGGCCGACAUCAAGAAGGACCAGGGUUCCAAGGGCCCGGUGACCAAGUGUCUCCUGCUGCACGAGGUCCCCACGGGCGAGAUUGUGGUCCGUUUGGACCUGCAGUUGUUUGAUGAGCCCUAGGGGAGCCGGAGGCGCUCGGCAGUCCCAGCCCCGGGCGGGUCUGUCUGCAGGUGUGGCCGCUUGUCUAAGAUCGGCAUCCCGUGUCUGGCCACAGGGCGACUGGACAGCGCAGACAGGCCUCUCGGAGCUUCCAGGAAUCACUCUCGACAAUCCACCCUCCGCCCUGAUGACUUCCCGCGUUCAGAGACAAAGCUGUGUUUUCCUUUGUGUCCGUUGCUGGUCUCCUCACAGUUUCUGGGCUUCCGCUGGGAGCCUGGCCUACCCGGGGCUGGAGAACUGGGGCUGGUUAUUGUACAAUAGACUUACAAAUGCAAUGUCUGUAUUUUUGAGCUCUCAUGUUACCCUCCUAUUUCUUACCUCUCCCAGCCCCACAGGUCAGCCCUUUGACCUCGGAGGCCCAGUUCUUCGUGUGUUUAGGACACAGGUGAUGAUCCAGUCAUUGCUUCAGAAUCUCAUCCCCCUGCUGGGGCCUUAUGAGACCCGCUGGCCUGGUGUGGACCCUCCGGGAGAUGGUCUCUGGAUCAGGCCCUGCGCUAGCUCUUGGAGUUGCUGGUCUGUGGAAGAUUCCAGCAGGUGUUUUGUCAGAGCCAUCCCAGUCCCUUCUUGGUCUUUUAUUGAUAGAUGUCAAUGCAAACAGUCACUGAGUACCCUGGGGUGAUGCAGUCAGGACUCCCAGCAUACCUGGGAGAUGAUUGGGGGGCCUGUUAUCCACACUUUACUGGAUCAGAUCACCGUGAGUCACCCCAAGGAUAUUUCACCACAGGACUGGGUCCUGGUGGCCAGCCCAGGUGGAAAAUCCUUUGGUCUGGGGGUCCUGUGCUGUUUAUGGUGGCAACCAGCUCUGAGCCUGUUUUUGCAUGAGCGAGCCUGGCUCAAGUGAGGUUCCUGAGUGUCCCGAAAGUUUUCAGGGGCUGUCUUUGGUACUGUCCCCCCCCCCGAAAGACUCCCCAAGUUGUGAAAAGGAAGAGUGACAAUCUGGAUGUGUGGAAAGCUGUGAAGAAAAUCUAUUAUGGGGUUAGGAGAAGACCCCAGGAGCCGGCAAACCCCAUGGGGGUGAGGAAAACCUGAGACUCUUGUCCCUACCCUGCCAUACACAAACUACCUGUUGGUCAGGGACACACAUAUGCUGGUGGCCAGGGUCAGGGGUCACACCACAUGCCAAGCUGAUUGGUUUGAGUUCUUUGAUUUUUUUUCCCUUAAAUGCUAGGAGAUAGGCUGGUUAACUAGACAAUAACUUGAUUUGCUAAUGAAAAGUGUGGGUUGUCUUUCAUUUGCAUGUUAGUGUCUCAUAAUCCCAGUUUGCUGUGGCCAUGAAAAGUCCUUUGCAUGUUCUCUUGGUAGCGGAGUUUAGCCUUCCUGUGUUUGGUGGUGUUCUCUCUCACCGUAGGUCCUUAGACUUAGGGGUGUAGAAGUGCUUUCUCAAUGGUAGCCUCAACACUGAGUAACCACUUUGGAGGAAACUGAAUGCACAGUUGCGAGUGCCCAUAAGAACCCAGUCCUAUUGCAGGCAAUUUUUAAAGUGUGUGUGUGUGUGUGUGUGUGUGUGUGUGUGUGUGUUGGAAAGGAUAAAAAAGUUUACAUUUCAUACUUUUAAGAAACACCUUAUUAUUUAUUUAUUGAUGAUAGUGUAGAAUUUUUGUAUCAAGAACAACAGACAUAAGUAUUUUUUGAAACAAGCAGAUACACCCUUUAGUUAGAAACUUUCAACUCGACCAUCUAGACCAAGUUUAACUUCAGACUUGUGUUUGUUUACCCCUAUCGAGCAGAAAACCUGGUGAAAAUACUUUACGUUUAUGUAUUUUUUGAUGUUGUGAAGAUCCUUUUAAAUUAAAUCUAUAAGUAGACAUACAAGUCACCACCCUAUUUCUAUACCCAGUAGUUUGUGCAGUGUGUUCGUGACGGCCAUGUCAUCCUGGGAGGAAAAUAAGUAUGAAAUGUGUAAGUGGGGUGGUAGCGGGUCACCAUUCUGGUCUCUUUCUUUUGUUCCCUCUUUUCUUCGUUGUCUUUCUUCUUCUGUUAUUGUUGGACGUCACUGCUCAAUGGCGCCAUGACAAACAUCUUACAGCCCUUCUGCACCUGCUCCCAUGUCACCCACACAUAGAAUCCCAUUAUGGGGAUCUAUGUACCUGUAAAAGCAACAUGUGAGUCUUUUUUCCCAAGGGACUAUCCCUGGGCAUCUCAGGGACACUCCUCCAGGGUUGCGAAUCUAGAUCAAUGUCCUUGACCCGACCCGUGUCGUUUCUAAUGUGACCAGUGGUACCCAGGGGUGAGUUCGCCUGGCCCUCCAGGGAUGGGGGCUGUGAGCUAUGACUCAGGAGUCCUGAUGGGGGACAGAGGAACGUGGGUGAUGCAUGGAACCUCCUGCUCUGACCCCUCUUCCUUCACUUCUACCUUUGGGGCUCCAUUUCACUGAGAGGAAAUGCCCCUUGCCGGUAAGGAAUCCGCUGCCCAGCACUUGGCCUUCUCAGCCAAGUGCUUUCCGGGCCACUGCAACUGGCAUUCUGAGCUCAGCUUCAGAUGCCUUCUCCGCUGGCCACACCGAACCUCCUCUCACCUACGGAGGGUCUGUUCUGCUCCCAGGCGGCUCCCUGAGGACAGGUGCCCUGGGGCUGCCCUUCCUCCUGGCCCAGCUCCCCUUGGCCUCAGUCCUUACCCGGUCCCUCUGGGGUAGGCUUUCCCUGGCUGCCGGGGUCUCCCAGGAGGCAGGUAGAGCAUUGUCUCUGUGUCACUCCAGGAGUGCUGUGAGCGUGGGUGGCUUGUUCACACCCAGGCUGGUCUGACUCUGGAAGAGGGACCUUUCUAGGCUAAAGCCACCCGGGACCUUGAGAAACCAGGGUCAAUCUUUGAAUAACAAGUCCCGAGCUGUUGAUGGUGGAGGAGAGGCUGUGCUCCCAGGGGACAACCGAGCGGCCUUACUUUUCUUCUUGGCUUAUUGAACAACCUAAGCAUGACCCAAGUGUAGGAAAGCAAUGGGUUCCAUCUGGUUGAAAUAGCACUGAGCAUAACUGGAAAAAAAAUCCCAUCAGAAAAUGAGCAAAUUAGUCACUUGUAUUGUCCUGUCUUGGUGACCUGAGGGCCAAGCCCCAGGGGUUCCCUGGGGUGGGAGCAGGUCGGAGCAUUAGGUGCUGAAGCACUGGGGAUGGAUGGUGGCUGAUCUGCCCUCCAAGACUGGCCAGGUCACCGUCUCUCCAGGAUAGGGCUGGGGCAGCAUAAAGCCAUUGGCCCCACAGAGCAGAACAUUCUAGAAUCCCACAGUGGGUGGAGAAUGGAGGAGGUGCUUCUUUUUUGGUGAGAAAGUUUGAGAUCUUGAAGUAUAUUUCAGAGUUUGCCAUUAUUUGAUAGGAAGAGAAAAAGACUUCACAUUCUCUACUUCAAAUGGCUUUUUUCCAAUGAUUGGGCCUUUUUGAUUAUAAGAAGAAAAUUAGGAUUGUGACUGUAACAACUUUAAGAAGUUCCUUUGGAGACAGCAAGUAGGACUUGCUUUAUAUUAUUUUAUGCCUCCUUCUCCGUGGGGGCUGGAGGUGAGCUCGACAGCAGACGCGAACGCUUUGACAUGGGCACUGGCUGCUCGAGAGGUAGCAGGGUCAUUUCAGACCUGCAGUUUGUGUGAGGUUAGAGAUGGCUCCAGGUGCACUUGCUUUUCCUUUGUACAUCAUCCUGUGUCAGAAGUGAGGUGAUGAAGACCGACAAGCCUGGAAGCACGUGUGGGCUUAGCUCCUACCACAGAAGCAUCAUCAGUAGCCAAAGACCAGUGGCAAGGUGAACCCUCAUUAUGCCCUGAGUGCCCUAAGUGGCAUUUGGUAAAAUACUAAAACUAACACCUUCUCUUUGCAUCAGGGUUGUGAAAGCCAGCCAGGUGCUUCCCCUUUCUGCCAGGAACGGCCCAGGGCAGCUGCCAAGACUCACCUGGCUGUGUCCUGAGCCAUGUUUUGUGGGAGCUGCUUGGUAUUGUGUAAACAUAGAUGGAAUGUGUAUUGUAUUUGGAAAUCGUCAAUUAUUUCAACUAAAAGAAAAGAAAGUUCUAGAACUCCUGUUUCCUUACCCUGCAUGGUAUCAGAUCCAGGAUAUGUUUGCUGGUCAUGGGGCUCCAUUGAGGUACGUAACCUGCUGUCUUUACAUGUCAGAAUCUAUGCUAUAGACACGGACACCUCUUCCACAUGCAGGGUAGAAAACACCUGAGCGCUCUGUGCCCAGAAGCAUUAGGUCCUGGAUGCCAGCACUUUGCAAAGUCUCAUCUCUGGGCCCAGCAGCAUACUCAGCAGCACUGAUGGUGUGUGGCUCAUUCAGGGAACCCCAUCCCGGGCCUGGGUACCUGUGGGGGCUGCCGUUGUGGCUUUCAUGGCCUAGGUAUAGAUUAUUUAGUAACACCUGCUGCUUAUAAACAUUCAUCUGCACCCCCAAAUAAUUAUUUCAGUUACACCCAGAUUCAGUCAGUUCCUCCUUUAAAAGGAGCGCUCUUUAUUCUGGCCUUGAAAACCAGAUCAUGCCCCUGUAAGAGUCGCUUUUUUCAAUGCUACGUGCGGCUGUCAUGUGUCAGGGUAAACCCCCCCACUGUAUGUCAGGGUGUUUUGUGAGUCACGUUUUAAUAGGAUUCUGUUCUGCUUUCUAUUCCAGCCUAUCGUGUGAGCGUCAUCUGAACAGUGUGACUAUUUUAGUAUUCAGUGCCCACCAAAAUAGAACUGCUCAGCAGUGGGCAUCCUUAGUCAGCCUUGAGAGAAUUCAAUGUUUCUCUAAAUUUACGGAGAAUCACCAGUAACCAGGGUUUCUUUUUACGCUGUGGUAGGAAUGCAUAUUCUUUUUCUUCCAGAAACCUUGGUUUUGUACAUUUUUCUUUUAAAAGAAUAACAUUCCUGUGUGGCUGUGUCUCUAAAACUAUGCUCCUUUGCUUUUCUCCUCGUGUAUACGCAAAUCCCUCCU